AUGGACGGCAAGCUGGUUACCGUCUUCCACGACAAGGACAACUUCAACGUCAAGCACCCGCUCCAGAACAAGUGGACUCUCUGGUUCACCAAGCCCUCCAGCGGCAAGGGCGACAACUGGAACGAUUUGCUGAAGGAAGUCAUCACAUUCAACUCGGUCGAGGAGUUCUGGGGCAUCUACAACAACAUCGCACCUGUCAGCGACCUCGCUCUCAAGUCCGACUAUCACCUUUUCAAGGAGGGCGUGCGCCCGGAAUGGGAAGACCCGCAGAAUAAGCACGGCGGCAAGUGGUCCUAUUCCUUCAAGGAGAAGCGCAGUGUCGAUAUCAACGACAUCUGGCUGCACACCAUGAUGGCCGCCAUCGGCGAGAUGCUCGAGGACGAGGACGACGGCGAGGUCAUGGGCGUCGUCGUCAACGUGCGCAAGGCCUUCUUCCGUGUCGGCGUCUGGACCCGCACCAUUGGUAAGCCCAUUCCCGGUCGCGGUGACGGAGACGUCGCCGGCGGCAAGGGCCGCCCCCCACAGAAGGGCCAGCAGAUCCUCCAGGAGAUCGGCAGACGCUUCAAGGCCAUCCUCAAGGUGCCCGAGGGCGAGCUCGUCGAGUUCUCGGGCCACACGGAUGCCGCCCACAGCGGCAGCACCCGUGCCAAGUCCAAGUUCACCGUCUAA